GGAACCACUGACGUCUCCUCUUGAAGGGAGUUCGAUGACGCACUUGGUAAUUUCUGCGAUCGAACGCAACAUAAGAUCUCAAAUGACUUGUGASUAGCUCUCAAAAAUGUUCAAUGUCGUUUGAAAUGCAAACAAAUUUUUGCAAGGUAGUAUACAUAAAUUUUGUUUCUCAACAACUCUAUAAUGAAGAUCUCUGCUGUUUUAUCGUUUGCUGCCGUUGCCGGUCUCUUCCAGGCCUCCGAUGCCAAAGAAGCUGUCACAGGCCGUACGCUUUCGGCCAUUCAGGCCGAAAGUGGUAGCUCUCUCAUUAGAGGAAGCGCCGUUUCUACUUCUACUCUAGCGAACAACGGCAAGACCCAAGAUGCUCGUGUCCUCCARACCAAGCCCACAGAAGACGAGGUCCGAUCCUGGUUCGGUCUCUGGGACGAGGCACUCGCGACGCUGAACUCUACCACCGUCGCCAACAUGUAUGGCAAGGGCGCUACCCUCCUUCCCACCCUCAAGGACGAUGUCCGCACCGACUUUGCUGGUAUAAAGGACUACUUCGACUUGUUCCUCCAGAACGAGCCCCGAGGAAGAAUCGUGGAAGGUUACGUCGAGRUCGGAGACGACUGGGCCACCGACAUCGGAAUCUACGAGUUCACCUUUGGCACCACCGGUGACGUGGUCCAGGGACGCUAUUCGUACUUCUACGAACCCCAGGAAGACGGAACCUGGAUGAUCCUUCACCACCACUCGUCCAUGCUGCCGGAACCAACCCUGCCACAGCCCAUUACGGAGGAAGAAGUCCAGGCACUCUUUGGUCUCUGGAACGAUGCCCUCAAGAYCAAGGACCCUUCGCAGGUCGCGGCUCGUUACGCCAAGGCCGGGGUCCUGCUCCCCACCCAGUCCGACGACACCAGGACCGAUGCCGCCGGAAUCGAGGACUACUUUGUCAAGUUCCUGGCCAACGAGCCCACCGGAGAGAUUCUCGAGUCCCACGUCGCCAUUGGACACGACUGGGCCCAGGACGUUGGUAGGUCCACCGUUUGGUUGCCCUUGUUUGCGUCGAGGCCCUAUCAAUGUCUUCUCACAACAUCGAAUCUUGCUUGUUUUCUAUCUCGAUCGAAGGCGUCUACGAGUUCACGUUUGGUACCACCGGCGAAAAAGUCCGUGGACGWUACUCCUUUAUUUACAUYUACGAAGACGGGGAAUGGAAGAUCUCCCACCACCACUCCUCUGUCAUGCCCGAGUCCAUCGAGGGUCUWUCGCAGUCCAUUACCGAGGAAGAAGUUCGCGGGCUGUUUGACGUCUGGAACGAAGCUCUCCAGACCCUCGAACCCGAGAAGGUCGCCGCGCUCUACUCCGAGAAGGGAAACCUUCUUCCCACCCUCUCCGACAAGCAGCGCCUGAACCGCGAGGAGAUUGCCGACUACUUUGUCAAGUUCCUUGCCCUAAAGCCCACCGGAAAAAUCAUAUCCGGCGACGUCCUGGUCGGGCACAACUGGGCCCAGGACGCCGGCAUCUACGAAUUCACCAUGGGAGACGGCUCCGUCGCCCGCGGACGGUACACCUUUGUGUACAUCUUUGAGAACGGCAAGUGGAUGAUCGCACAGCACCACUCCUCCCUCAUGCCCGAGUCCAGCAACAACGCCAAGCCGACCGAUGGUGUCACCGAGGACGACGUCCGCAACUUGUUCUGGCUGUGGAACGACGCCCUCCUCACGAAGGAUCCCGACACCGUCGCCAACCGCUACACCAGCGACGCCGUCCUUUUGCCCACCGUCUCGGAYGUCCCCCGCGACACCCACGAGCUCAUCGAGGAUUACUUUGUCAAGUUCCUCCAGGGAGAACCCAGCGGAGAAAUCAUCGAGAGCUUUGUCCACAUCGGACACGACUGGGUCUCCGACGUUGGGAUCUACGAGUUCACCAUGGCCACCGACGGAUCCAAGGUCCGCGGACGCUAUUCCUUUGUCUACGCCAUGGAAGACGGCGAGUGGAAGAUCGCCCACCACCACUCSUCKAUGAUGCCCGAGCCCAUGCUCGCGGCCGCCGAGCCGCUCGAGGCACCCGGUGUCCAGAUCUCCAAGAUGGCCGAUGUGUCCUCCGGCGCCUCGGCAAUUGCCAUCGGAAACGGGGUCGCGGCCUUCGCGGCCGUCGCCGUUGCCAUUGCUCUCUAAACAGGAGGGCCGUCGGUCGCGAAACGGAGGACGAGAUGGGUUGCUGUUGUCGUUGCUUGGAGCAAACAGCGACCUCGGAGCCCGCAGUUGAAGGAUGAUUUGUUCCGGAACAGAAUCUCGAUUUUUGGGCUGCGGGUGACUUUUCGAAGGUACUGGUAAUUGUAACAAGUGAUCUACAGUAAUACUAGUAGUAAAAGUACCAGAUCCAAUUUCUACAGAAUUAAAUAUCUAUUGUAUGU